AUGCUGUUUAUAAAAUAAGUGAUUUUUGUAUUAUUUUAUAUAGUUUAUUUCAGUUUUUGUUAUUAAAAUGAAUGUAGACGAAGACGACUCGUCGGAUAAUGUUCAUGUUUCGCAAAGGAGUCCUACUUUCAGCAGAGCAGAGGUAGAAACACUCGUCAGAAUAGUUGCAGAAUACAAAACUAUAGUUCUUAACAAAUCUACAAAUUCACUUGCAAACCACGCUAAAGAAGUUGCAUGGAGUAAUAUUGCAAAGGCUUUUAACAGUAAAGGCUUCAAAAAUGAAAGAGCACCAGAAACUUUGAAAACUAAAUGGGAUAACCUUAAAAGAGAAGCAAAAAAGUUGUCGUUGAAUGUACUGAGCUGUGAUUUGAAUGAUAAACAGUUUCUCAACCAAGUUAUUAUAUUAAUGAAUGAAAGUGACAGCUUUGGCCCAAUUGAUCCAAGCCAAGUGCCUCUUGAGUCUAAGGAAAAUGAUGGUGAAAAUCAAAACAAAAAAUCAUGGGAGGAUGAAAAUAACAAGAUAACCGCACAAUUGAUAUCUUAUGGGAGAAGCCGACAAAAAAAUAAAACAAAGCGGUCCCUUAAUUUUUCACCCCAAGAGAUCAAUCUUUUGUUAAAAUGUAUAAAAUCAGAACAAGAUCACAUAUUUUUGAGCGACAUAACAAGUCGCUCCACUAAAUUAAAAAGGAAUGCUUGGGCUAAGGUGACAUAUAUUUACAACAAAUUGAGCACCCAAAAGAGGUCAAUGAAGACCCUUCGAACUAAGUUUGACAAUAUGAAAAAAAAGGCAAAAAUUAGGUUAACUAAGGAACCUUUUGAAAUUAAGCUUGAAAAUUUACAUGAAGAUACAGAUGUGAAGGUAAAAAGUGAGCCACUGUUUGAGGUCACAUUUGAAAAAGAAAGCAGCCCAGAAGCAGUAAGUGAUGAUGAGCAAAACAACUGUAUUGUUGAGCAGUUAGAUGAUGAUGAUUAUCAUGAAACGGAGAAUGGACUCAGAAGUCCAGACCCUCUGAGUAUAAUUUUAAACGGAGACUCUGGAAUCGAAUCCAUCAACAAUUUUGGUAAAUUUACUCAAGCACAGGAUAAGGAAGCUGACAAUAUAAAGUUAGAAAUAUUGAAGAAUCAACUAGAGACGGCGAAAAUUGAGAGACAACGAAUGGCAGAGAAAGUGGAAUCAGAGCGGAGAGAACAAGAGUCCAGAGAUUUGGAAAUGUCCAUGCGACUGCGGACGGCCAGGCUUGAGCUAGUAGCGGCUGAGGCCAAGCUGCCCUCCAACCAUCCUGCACUGGAAUAUAAACAUAAUGAGACUAAAGCCAGGGAAUACAUGCAGCAGUUUAGUAACACCUGAUUUAAAUAAUUAUGCACUUUACGUGGCCAGCGGCUUGUAUAAAAUUUUUUGAAAUGCGAUUGGGUUUUUAUAGGCUUUGUAGGUUUUAUUUAUUAAUAACCUAUAAAAUAGUUACAACGCAAAAUAUGCCGUUUAACAAAAGGUAGAUUAUUGAUAACAUUAUCACAAGAACUUGGGCAAAUAGUGUGUGUUUACUAUAACCCAUAAUACUGGCCAGUGUUUGUGAUGUCAUAUAUGAAGACAUGAGUGGAAGGACACGUCAAGUAACAUUUUGUAAAAUACGA